AUGACUCAGGUCAUGCUGGGACGCCUCGUCCCGUUUGCACUGAUCGCGCUGUGCGAUGCGUACAAGCGCGAGGAGUUUGCCGGGAUGAACUUCAAGGACCGAGGGCUGCGGACAAAGCUGAAUCAUUGCGCCAGGUCCAUGCGGGCAUGUGAAGCCGAGCAGGUGGAGAACGACGUCAACACUAACUCGUGCUCAGAUGCACUCCUAGCAGCCUUUGCCAGUUUUCCGUAUGAGGCUGAGAUCUCAGAGGAGCUCUUCAAGUACACCUCCUGCCGCAAGAUGGGGGAACAUGAGAGAUCAAGUGAGGCCAAUCCUCAAUGCUCGUAUUUCUUGGUCUUUCAGAACAGUGCUCAUGCUGACCACAGCUAUGCCGCGAAUUGCGUGCCUGCCCAAAUGUGCGCGGAUGACGUCGUGGGCAUGACGAAGGGCAAAAUCGCGACGUACGGCGUCGUUGAGCGGAUUUUGCAGCAGAACCUGGGGAGUUUGGCGUACAUCGGCAAAGGACCCCUUGGCAAGUGCCUGGAAGGCAUGACGUCCGUCAACGAAGGCAACCUGAAGGGCCACCUCAAGGAGGAGCGCAUCGUCAAACUCGGCAGCCUCAAUGUCGUCGCAGACCUUAUGACAAGUGGAAAGGCAGGUGCCACGAAGCAGGCUCUCACCUUCGAUGGCAUGGAGAAAAUUCCCGCGGUGAAGUCUUUCAACAAGUGCGUUAACGAUGCCAGCGUGGGCUACCUCUUCGUGUUCAAGAACGACUACUGGAGCGGUGGCAAGAGCGACGUGGAUCUGGAUUCAUUCCAACAGUACAAGGACAAGCAGACGAAGAUCAAGGCAGAGAAGAAGAAGGAGGCCGAGAAGCAAAAGGUCGAACAGGCAGCGGCCAUGCUCUCCAGCCUCAUUUGCUUGGCACUUGUGGUACAGGGUCAUGCCUGGGCGCGCAUUUCGGUGACGGUCAGCGGGGAGGAAAUGGCGGGUAAGAGCAUCCAGGACAAGGAGAAGGAGCUUGCCAAGGCAAACUCAAACUUCGGAAAGCUUGACACCAUUGGCGAGUGCUGCGGCGACCAGCAAAGCGAGGCUGAUGUGGUGCGCAACGCGAUCAAUACGAACGAUGUCUACGGCUCCAGUGGCGAAGUCGAGAAUGACAUCUUCUCGAGGACGUCUUGCCACAAGAUCGGUACCGUCACUGCCAAAGAGAAGGAGUCCUUCGGAAAGCCGGGGUGCUCCUACUUCUACAUCUUCCAAAACCAGCUUCACGCCGAUCACGAGUUUGCCGCCAACUGUGUUCCCUCCACCAUCUGCAAGGAGGAUGUGGUGGGCAUGACCGAGGGAAAGGUCGCCACGUACGGGGUCGUCAUGCAGAUCUUGCAGCAGAACCUCGGGAAGCUGCAGGGCAUCUGGAAGGGCCCUAUGGACGCCUGCAUGCACGGCAUGACCAGAGUCAACCGGGGCGACCUUAGUGGCCUUUGGAAAACGGAGAAAAUCAUCAAGCUCGGCAGCGAGCUGAACUUCAUCGCGGCUGCACUGACACAAGGCAAGAGCGAGGCCUUGAAGAGGACCCUUGAUUUCGAUGGCAUGGCACCAGUGCCGGCCGUCAAGAGCUUCAAUAAGUGCUCCAACGAUGCGAAUAUCGGCUACCUCUUCGUGCACAAGAACUUGUAUUGGGCCGGCCACCAGAGCACCAUCGACCUAGACACCUUCACGAAAUUGAAGGAAAAGAAGGCCAAGGAAAGAAUGCAAAAGAAGCAGGCCGCAGAGAAGGCCAUGGCCGCGGCUCAGAUUGCGGAGGGGCAGAAGGCGGAGGAGCAGAAGGCGGCGGAGGCCGCGGGGGAGGGCUCGUCCGCGGAGUUCGAGGAUAAUCAGGUCACCGCGCGCCGUCUGUCGGAGCCGCAGGUUCUGGUCUGA